AUUAAAAAAAAUUUUGGUCAUUAUUUACUAAGACAUUACACUGACGAAUGGGCUGUGCAGUGGCUUCCGUGCUCAACAAUAUCCCUGACCUGGGAUCUUACUGAUUUGACACAAUCCGGCACAAAUUUCACUGAUGGUGUCAUCUUUUGUUUCGCGGGGAUUCAGAUGCUGCAUUCAUACACACAAAAUGGCGGACAUUGUUGCUCCGGCACUUCCCGCUUUUGGAACCGAUGUAAAACCAUUGAAAGAGCUCAAAUGUUGCAGUCACUUUUUGAUGCAGCUUGUUGAGCACGGUUUGAAGUGUAAACAUAUUUAAUCAUAUGAACCAGGAAGCUCCGUUGAAUCAUGACCAGCAAGAUCCCAUACGAUCUCGUCAUCAUAACACCAUGCCCGAUAUUUUGCCCACGCCGUAUCCCAUUCCGCCUUAUCGCACGGUGGAUAUUCCUCGUACAAAACGGACCCGCAGCAGUCGAAGCUGUGAUUUCUGCAGGAAGAGAAAAAUUCGAUGCGACGGCAACAGCACUAAACCAUGCAGCUCUUGUCUGAAUGCCAACAUAAAAUGCGUAUUUUCAACUGAACAGAAAAAGCGAGGACCGAAUACCAGUUAUAUUGACGUUCUCGAGACCCGUCUAAAGCGACUCGAAAAUUAUAUUGAGAAGUUGAACCAGAACCAGGAUUCAAAACUACCUGAUACGACAUCGGCACUCACAUCUGCGGAAGUGGGAACAUCGCGAAGCUCUUCUUCCCCCGAUCCAGAUCCGAGUUCCGUCGCCACUACCGCCACCACCACCGCCACCGCUCCACCAGAAAGAGAUAUUACUGAUGAAGUUGAAGGCAUGACCGAGAAUAUGGAGUCCUUGAAUAUUAUUGACUAUGACCGGUCACGAUACAUUGGAAUCAGUGCUGGCAUCCACCUUCUCGACGAAGCAUUACUUCAGUAUUCGGGAGCCAACCACGGAAUGGAACCUUGGUCCAUUAAUAAAGUGAACGAAGACAAGGACGAACACAUUAUGAUGAAACCGCAGGAAAUUGAAGUUUCGUCUCCAAAGCACCCAGAGAAUAAUUCGCAAAACCGAUUCGAGCCGUUCAAAGAUAUCGAACUGAUGACACCGGAGCUUGCAGACAGGCUUGUCCAACAGUAUUUUACGUGGAUCCACCCAUACGUUCCCAUGAUUAACAAAAUCGCUUUUCUUGAGCAAUAUUACCAUCAGAAUCCUGUGCCUGCUGAUCGAUAUUUACUUUACGCAGUGUGUGCGGUAGGAGCACGUGUUGUCAACCAUCAUGAAGGGGAUAGUAAGGCGAACGAUGGCGCGGUCCAUGUUAGCACGGAAACUACCGUCAAACUUCGGAAGAUAUUCCGUGCUAGAGCAGACAAAGUGAUGGAAGUGGCGCAUAAACGGUCAGGCAUCAGUACCAUACAGACAUUGCUGCUACUCAGUGUGUUUAGAGAGUUUUCUGGUGACGAUGCAGAAGAUACAAGUCAUUGGUUCACAGGAAGCAUGGCAAUACGCAUGGCGCAAGAUUUAGGAUUGCAUAGAAAUACUUCACGAUGGCGUAUUCCAGAGGAUGAAAGAGAACUGAGACGCCGAAUAUGGUAUAUUGCAUAUACAGUGGAUCGUUGGGUCGCGGCCGAGCUUGGACGACCAAUGAGUAUUUUGGACCACGAAUUCGAUGUUGAUCUACCUUCGCCAUAUGAGCUUGGUGCCCCCGUUCAAUCUACUUGCGACGAUGCCAGUGAACAAGGCAUCAUCCCAACCAUGAUUCGGGAAGCACAAGAGGCGUAUACAAGCAGAGUGCCGGUAUAUACUGACUAUAUUCAUUUCAUCACGCUUGGUCAUAUACUUGGUCAAGUGCUGUUGGGAUUGCAUUCUCCAAGAACCAAAGACGCAGGUCGUCAAAACUCUGAAGUGGUGCGUCAUCUGGAAUGCAGUCUCGCACAGUGGGCAAUGGAUCUGCCCGAAAAUAUGCAAUACGAAUAUCCCAAUGGGAAAGGGACGCUGAAAGCUGCCCUUGCGUGUCUGUGCUACAGCUGUGUUUCAUUGUUGUUAUUCCGACCAUUCAUCACCGGCAGUUCCGAAAGUGAGGUUUUCACCACGGAGCAAGCCAACGAACAGUGUAUUCGUGCUGCGAACAAUAUCUUGAAAUUGGGGGACGACUUGGGAAUCGAUCUAUUGCUAUGGUCACCUUGGAGUGUAGCUGCAACAGCUCAUUUCCAAGCUGCCAUUAUAUUUCUGUACAACACAAGAACAAAGAACCCAUCCAUAAGCGAGCAAGGUCGAGCCAAUUUCCUCCAAUGCGCUGCGAUCUACCAGCAAGAUGCUUCUCUUGGCGCGAGUAAAAUUGCAAGGUUGCUUUUAGCUGCUUCCGAAUGUUUUAGAACACCGAGCCAUCAGAAGCAACCUAUGGAAACAAACGUCACCGCCAUGUCUUCAAACGGAGGCGACCCCAUUCACUGGGUCCAUGAUCCGGUCAACCAUCGUGAUCAGGCCAAUAUCCCUCUACAAGGCUCAACAGAAGAUGCUAAACUUGAGCAAGAGAUCGGAAAUCACAGCACUCAGUAUCUAUCGACAAUGGAUACUAUGGGCGAAAGUUCCCGUGGGAAUACAUAUGCAAUGUCGUUGGAUGAACAGCAAAAAUUGCACAACCGCUCGCUGCUUUUGGCAGCGUCGAUUAGCACCCGACCCGAAGAUAUAUUUUUGUUUCCCAUGCCUCGUGGGUCGGCCAAUACCAACCCACUGAAUGCUCCUUUACCAAAUGCCCCGGCAUUGGAUAUGGCCGACACUUCCAUGCUGUUGGCGGAACACAACACACUUCAAGAUCCUGCACUGCAUAUUCCUGCGACUAUGAGCAAUCCACCAGCGUCGGUUGCGUUUGAUCAGCAUCCACCAUCCACCGAUAAUUUCUUCCCCACGUCUUACCACGAAUCAGCACCGUCCAACUUUAUGCCUAUUUUUGGAAGCGAUCUGUUUGGUACUGACAUGUCAUCUGGUCAUCCCUCUUCCGAGUUGCCAUUGUGGGAUAUUCCUAUGGAUGCUCGAUGGCAUACAUAAGUUAACGUAGCAUGAAGAACGGACGCGAACGUUGAAUUUAACGUCAACUGCAUCAUACCGUGUAAAUGCUCUGAUCUCGUUUAUUCUUUGUUUCAAUUAUCAUUCAACUACCUUCACUCUCAGAAAAUUACUAUUUAUACUUGUAGAACACUUUAAAUAUAUUCAACUCUUUGCACUCAUUUUUAUCCAAUUAUCCAUUGAUACAUCCGUGAGCAUCCUCUGGUUUCGCCGGCAUAUACAGUACGAAGUAGCGGGUUUCAGAUUAGGGCUUUUUUGUUAAUAUUUGGUCACUAUACUCUUUGGCUUCUGUAUUUGAGCCAUAGGCCAGAUGAAAGUAUGUGUAAUAUAUAUGAUAUUGUAUUGUAAUUGGCGCAUAUCGGCAAGAAAAAAG